GGAAGGAGAAAGAAGAGGAGGGCCACAGAAGGAAGAGAGGACUAGAGCAAUCUCAGAGUGGAGACAAAUAGAAAAGGAAGGGGAGAGAGAACUAGAGGCAAGUGAGGGAAAGGUCUGUUGGAUCCUGUAGGAGUGAACAGGAUUGGGGAUGUGGCAGGGAGGGAAUCAGGAAGCAGUCAUUGAGGGGUCAGGUGGAGAACUGGGGGGACCAGGGAGCUGGGGUCUGCAAGAUGCAGCAGCCCUCUUGGCCAGGGCCUCUUUGCCUAUCAUGUUUCCAUGGCCACUGCCCCUAGGCUCUUCAGCUCUUACUGUACUCCUCGGAGCCCUCACUUCUCUGUUCCUUUGGUACUGCUACCGCCUGGGCUCCCAAGACAUGCAGGCCCUGGGGGCUGGGAGCCGGGCUGGAGGUGUUAGCGGUAUACCUGAUGUAUGUUCUCAGACUGGCCCAAGAGGCCCUGGGGAUUCUGGGGAAGGACACAGGGCAGAAGGUCUAGUGAGCAGGCGGCUUCGGGCCUAUGCCAGGCGUUACUCCUGGGCUGGGAUGGGCAGAGUGAGGCGGGCAGCUCAGGGAGGCUCUGGCCUCACAGGAGGGACAGGGGUCCUGGGCAUUCAGCGCCCUGGCUUACUUUUCCUACCAGACCUGCCUUCAUCCCCCUUUGUGCCACGUGAUGCCCAGAGGCAUGAUGUGGAGCUCCUACAGAGCAACUUCCCCGCCAUUUUGCGGGACUUCGGGGCUGUGAGCUGGGACUUCUCAGGAACUACCCCUCUGCCUCGGGGCUGGUCCCCACCCCUGGCCCCUGGGUGCUACCAGCUUCUGCUGUACCAAGCAGGCCGGUGUCAACCCAGCAACUGCCGGCGGUGCCCAGGAGCCUAUCGGGCACUGAUGGGGCUGCGGAGCUUCAUGAGUGCCAAUACCUUCGGCAAUGCUGGCUUUUCUGUUCUACUGCCUGGGGCCCGGCUUGAGGGCCGCUGUGGACCCACCAAUGCUCGGGUUAGAUGCCACCUGGGCCUGAAGAUCCCUCCUGGUUGUGAGCUGGUUGUUGGUGGUGAGCCCCAGUGCUGGGCUGAAGGACACUGCCUCCUGGUGGAUGACUCCUUCCUGCACACAGUGGCUCAUAAUGCACCAUUUUGGGACUGCACAGCCUUGGGCAAGUCACAGCUCCUCCAAUCACCUGUGGGGCCUCUGCCUUCUUUACCAGGAUCCCCUGAGGAUGGGCCUCGAGUAGUCUUCAUUGUGGACCUCUGGCACCCUAACGUGGCUGGGGCUGAACGCCAAGCUCUUGACUUUGUCUUCGCACCAGACCCUUGAAAGAAGCUGUUCUCUUCGCACCUGAGCUGGAGUGAUGCUGUACUCAUGGACAGAUUGAGUGGAGGUCAGGACCUCUUCUCCACUGUGAGGGGCAGGAAGGUGUGACUUACUCGGCCAGCACUGAAUACAAAUUCUGAAUCCUC